UCACAUGUACCAGUAUGGAUUCCACAGCUUUGUGCUGGCCUGCCCUAUAAAUAGAGAACCAGUUGGAGAUCAUUUGAAGAGUUGUAGCAGCUGACAAGGCCAACUGCCCUGACAGAAAUACCGGUGACCCGGCCCUGCUGCUUCUCUCUGGUCUGGGGCAGAGAGUCAGAGAGAGAGAGAGAGAGAGAGAGAGAGAGAGAGAGAGAAAAAGAGAGAGAGAGAGAGAGAGCCUGUGCAAGAGCCUGAUCUGGGACAGUGGUGCGGAGAGGAGUGACUAGCAGUGACUGCCGUUUUCCCUGAAUCCAAAGCACCAGAAGGUCUUCCAGCCGGGCAAGAUGUCGCAGCCGAUAGACCCGUUAGAGGAGCCUCGCAUGUACCAGCAGACCCUGCUGCAGGACGGCCUCUGUGAUCUGCUGGAGAAUGACAAGUUUGUGGACUGUGUGCUGAAGAUCAAAGGGAAAGAGUUCCCCUGUCACAGGCUAGUGCUGGCCGCCUGCAGCUCCUACUUCAGGGCCUUCUUCCAGUCUGAGGAGGACGAGAGCAAGAAGCGGGAGAUCGUCCUGGACGAGGUGGAGCCCGGCGUGAUGGGGUUGAUCCUGAGGUACCUGUACACUUCCAACAUCAAUGUGACGGAACAGAACGUCCAGGACGUGUUCGCCGUGGCUAACAUGCUCCAGAUCCCCUCCAUCUUCACGGUGUGCGUGUCCUUCCUGCAGAAACGCCUCAGUCUGAGCAACUGCUUGGCCAUUUUCCGGCUGGGGCUGAUGCUCGACUCUCCGAGGUUAGCAAUAGCUGCUCGCAACUAUGCCUGCGAGCGUUUCCAUCUCAUCUCUCGUGACGAGGAGUUCUUUCAGCUGAGCGCCAGUGAAUUGGCGGCCAUCCUCUCGGCUGACAGCCUCAACGUGGAGAUGGAGCAGACUGUGUUCGAGUGUGUCCUCAAAUGGGUGGCCAAAGACGAAAAAAAACGCCUUGAGGACUUACCAGGCUUGUUGGACUGCGUCCGGUUCCGCUUGGUUCCUCAGGAGUACUUCAAGGAGAGGGUAGAGAGUCACAAAUGGCUGUCCAACAACCAGGAGGUGGCUAACAAGCUCCAACUAAUCAGGGAUGCGCAUGUCGGAAAACUCCCAGAACCGGAGAAGAUCAAAAGCAAGAAGACUGCACUGAAAGAGGAUGGGGAAAAGAAGGAGGAGGAACAGGAAGAGGAAGAGGAAGAACAGGAGAUCAGCCUUUUCCCUGGUAUCCUGAACGAUAACCUGCGGUUCGGUAUGUUCCUCAGAGACCUGUUCUUCAUGAUCAAUGAGGCUGGCUCAGUGGCCUACAAUCCCGUAGGAAAUGACUGUUUUGUGGCAGCCAUAUCCACCCAGAUCCCUAAGAACCACUGCAGCCUGGUCACAAAGGAGAACCAGAUCUUUGUCGCUGGAGGGAUUUUCUAUGACGAGCAGAACAAAGAGGAGCCGCUCCACUCCUACUUUUUACAGUAUGACCCCAUGACCUCAGACUGGUUGGGCAUGCCCCCUUUUCCCUCCCCACGAUUCCUCUUCACCAUGGGCGAGGCUGAGAACUCGAUAUUUGUGAUUGGAGGAAAAGAACUCAAGGAAGGAGAGCACAUUCUGGACUCUGUUAUGGUUUACGACAGACAGUCUUUCAAGUGGGGGGAGUCAGACCCUCUACCAUACCAAGUGUAUGGCCAUGCUACAGUGUCUCACGAUGAUGUUGUCUAUGUGCUAGGAGGGAAGGGAGAGAACAAACAAUGCUUGAAGAGGGUGUGUGCCUACGACGCCAAGAAGUUUGAGUGGAAGGAGCUGGCUCCCAUGACAACGGCUCGCUCCCUCUGUGGUGCCACCGUCUACCGUAACAAGAUUUACGUGGCAACUGGGGUCACAGACUCAGGCCUCACCGACACGGUGGAGGUCUAUGACAUCGCCACCAACAAGUGGUCAGACUUCCUGGAGUUCCCUCAGGAGAGAAGCUCGACCUCUCUAGUCGUCCACGAUGACAAUCUGUAUGCUGUGGGAGGAUUUGCCAUGAUACCCAAGGAGGACGCUGAAGAGCUGAAGCCCACAGAGAUGACGGACAUCUGGAGGUAUGAGGAGAGCGAGAGGAAGUGGAAAGGCAUACUGAGAGAGAUCCGCUACGCGUCAGGAGCAACCAUCCUCGGUGUGCGCCUGAACACUAUGCGCCUUACCAAGAUGUGAUGCAAAAUGGCGCCCUCUGGUGGAAAAUAAUAUUGUUGCCGGACCCGGCAGCACAGAGAAACUCAUUCAUGGUAACUGAACUUCCUCUUUCCCCACCACUCCAUUGAUGCUGUUUCACAGAACUCAUUCCGCAUUGAAGACUGAAUCCCUUAGGACUACCAGCUAGCAUUCAAGAAUCCUCUUCUGGGGUUUCAUACACCAACUCUACCAGCCUUUGAACCUGUGACUUUGGUUUUAUCUUUUCAUUUGCAAUGAAUAUUUACUUUUGGUAGAAGAGGUCUUCUAGGUGAACAGCUAUAUUGUUUCCUGUGUCCCCCAUGUGACAAAAUAUCAAAGUGAGGCCUUAUCUGAAAGUGAGGCAAACCAGCGAGGAUGCCUUCCGCUUGAUAGCAGGGAGCUUCAGACCCGACCUGGCCAGGAGAGAGUGGCCUCUAAUAUGACUGAAUGGUAACACAUUUUUCCCUGGUUCAUGUGUGCUUCUGUACACUCC